AUGAGCCGCAAUGCCAAGUGUGCAAAAUCCCCAGCAAUGGCUGAUGCAUAUGAGCCACUGAAUGGCUCUGAGAUCAUGGAGCUCAGGAAGCACUUGCUCCCAUGUCGUGUGCACGUGGCCAGCUUGCUUUCAGAGCUAGACCCCCAUGGACUUUUGCCGACCGGAUCUAUGUCCGAUGCCUCGAAGCGUGGCCGUGACCUUGAUUGGGAUGUGAUCGAGGAGUUGGUUGAAGAAGGAAUCCCAAGGGCUGUGGCCGAGGCUGGUCACAUUGACCAUGGAGAAGUGAAGAAGUUGCCGAGCGAUGUCGCCUCCUUUGAACAGCGGGGAAAGACCAAAGUCACCAUGAAGAAGUAUGCCGACAAUGGCUACACCUUCAAGAGCAUCGUGAAGGCCAGCUACACGGAUUCUGAAGUGACCCAGUACUUGAGCUGGAUCCUCAAGACCUAUGCUGGAAAGUCGAUUAGCUCGCAAGGUCCUGACUUGGCCGCCUACUUGGAGUACAUGGAUCGGUCGAUGACUAUGAAUUCCGCUUCCCGCUUCCGUUGGCUGUGCCUCUACGAGGGGCCCCUUGGUAGCCAUGACACUCGCUGCCCUCGCGAUGGGAUGAGAAAAGAGUGCGCCUAG